GAUGAUCGAUCGUUUGACGUUAUCAUAAUCUUGCCGCAGGGCCAGGCAAUUUUUGGGAAGCCGGACGGGCCCAACUCGGCUUUAUUUAUGUAAUUUGUCAUCUUGCAUUAUUCUCCGUUCUCAUCUUUCUCAUGAUUUAAAACACCCUGUGCGCACUGAAAUUCCGGCAACCACCCUUUUAACGUCUUCCGAGCCCCGUGCCCUAUCCCGUCACGGUUCCUUGAUAGCGCAAGCACAACACUAGCGUCAUGGCGACAACUACUGGCGGUGUUGUGAUUCCUCGCAAUUUCCGGCUUCUGGAGGAGCUAGAACAAGGUCAACGUGGUGUGGGCGACGGCACUAUCAGUUGGGGACUUGAGAGUGAUGACGACAUGACCCUUACUCACUGGACUGGCAUGAUCAUCGGACCUCCUAGAACACCGUAUGAAAAUCGCAUCUAUAGUCUUAAAAUUGAAUGUGGCGCCAGGUAUCCGGAUGAUGCACCAUCAGCGCGUUUCGUUUCCAGAAUCAACAUGACUUGUAUAAACAGCUCAACUGGUGUUGUUGAUAAUAGGCAAGUUCCAGUUUUAGCACGUUGGCAGAGAGAUUAUACUAUCAAGACAGUUCUUCAAGAAUUGCGAAGAUUGAUGACAUUGAAAGAUAAUAUGAAAUUAUCACAACCGCCCGAAGGUAGUAACUUCUAGCGCUUUUGUAAAUCAUAUUUCUGUUAAUUAUUUUAUUCUAAUUUUUUUCCUUCUUUUUUAAAAUAACAUUUAAAUGAAAACCAACAAUUAUUAUCUGUGUCUGAUUCACAAUAGAUUUGUGCAUUAACGUCACAUCUAGAAACGAAAUUCACUCGCUCGUUCUCUGUUAACAGUUUUAAUGCACUCAUGUUUUAAAUGCAAAAACUUCAACUGUUGCAUAUUUUUAAGUAAAAGUUAAGAAAUAAUAGGUUUAUAUUUAUUAAUAAAUAUAAAUGUGUAUCAAAACGAAUGUAUAUGUAUAUAUUUUUUACUUUUUCAGGCAUACGUUUCCCCCCUCUUUUACUCAUAAAUUUAAAUUUUUUUCUUGUGUAACUCUUUAAUCUUGCUUUUUCCCUACUUCAAGCGAAAAAUGAUUGAAAACCCUUAUGCAGGAAAGUUAUGUAUAUGUUCUGCCUCAGAGCUGACACAAAGUAAUUUUAGUCGGCUGAAUUUCAAAGCAUUGUAUCAAGAUAAAUUUUGUCUCCUUGAUUCUAGAUUUGUCAAUGAUAUUACAAUUAUUCAAUGCAGAUUUUAUUUUUUUAAAAUGCGUUAAAUUCUUGUUAAGUGCACCUAAAUUUGUAUGUAAAGAGGGGCGUAACCUAUCUCCACGGGAACGGAUAUUUAGUCUCGUCUACUUUGUCAAAACCUGAACAACCGAACAUUUAUGUUGAUUUAUGACCAACAUUGCCAUGCAUUUAAGCAAGUUUUCAAAAAACACAGUAAAGUAUGCAAUUUUACAUUGUAAUAUCUGUCAUCUCCUCUAGUUGAACAGGUUUUAACGCAGUAAAUGUCACUCAAUUUUUUUCUGUGUACCAUCUUAUUUUGUCUUACUCUGCCUCCAGGGAAGAUGAAUAAUCAUCUCUUGAAGUUAUUUAACCUUGCAUAAGAUCUUUCGAAAAAAAGCCUAAGUCCAUUCCUUACUUUGCAUUGGAUUACCUAUACUUUAUUUCACCUCUGUUCACUAAUUCUUCCCGCCUUUCAAGUAACAAAAAAUUGCAUGAAGUCGAACAUUUUUCUGUAAGUCAUUGAAAGGCAAUAAUACUUGCUCAGAUGAUGAGAUUUUCCAUGAAAAGGGUUUCAUACAUGAUGAAAUGUCGAUAAUUUUUAAGAUUCCUAAGUUUAAUAAAUCCAGCAUUGCUGUACAGUUAUAACCGUGCGUUCCCAAGUUAUUUUCAAAUAAAAUAUUCUUACCAUUAAA